GAUGCAAGCUACAAUCUCGGACAAUUCACAAAACAUCUGGCCGCCAUCGAAGCCGCUCUUCAAUCUUCAUCUCCAGCACUUCCCGCCGCCCGCCGCCCGCCGCCCGCCGAGACUUGCCCAUCUGCUUCCUUGCUCCGUUUCGUUUUCUCUCACCUCCACAAGUUGACAAAGAGAGGAAGGAGCCAGAGAGAGAAUAUAGAUGGGAAAAAAAUUCGGAGGACAAAGGUCCUCCUCUGUGGUGGACCGAAGGAUUCUGGUUCGUCGCUUGGAGUCUUGCAAGCAGAGAUACUCAACAAUUGAGGAAAUUGUGGACCAUCUCCGCAGUAGUUACCCUGACUACAGCCGUAUCAAGCAGCAGCCUUUCACCAGGGAGGUACAACGAACACUUGAUUCCUGGGAAUCAUCUCAGCAGCAGAGGAACAGAAAGAUCAAAAAGCCUUCCCCUGCUAUUUUUGAUUUUAAUGAUGAAGAAGAAGUUGACAGAACUGCUUCAUGGAAAAAGCCUAGGAGAAUUGAUCAAAGUGAAGAGAAAUUGCAGCGUCUAGAGGAGUUACACAUCAGACGGAAGCAGCUUGAUCAUGAUCAUCCAUCAACAUUGCUGGAGUCCGAGUCCAAGUCUACGUCGCCAUCCUCACCCUCAUCAGAUGAAGAAGAAGAUGGUGCAUUGUCAACUUCAGAAGACGCAAUCUAUGGUAAGAAAUUGGAGCCUGUGUUUGAUCUUACGAAGUCAAUGCUACGAGCCUCUUACACAGAAUCCAAUAACUUGAAAUCAAAACUUGAAGAAAAAAAUGUGGAGAUGGAGGUUGCUAGCAAUAAGGCUGAUAAGAUUAAUGUUGAUUUCAUUAAUGGAGGUGGACGUGGGAAGAGAGUGGCUGCUGAAGUAAAGAAAGAAGUGAAGAGGUCAGUUUCUGAUAGGGUUGAUGGCAUGGAGGUGAAGGGGAAGGGGGGACCACGUUUUAGGGACCUGGGGGGCAUGACAGGAGUGCUGGAGGAGUUGAAGAAGAAAGUGAUAGUGCCACUUUACCAUCCGCACUUGCCACAGUUGCUGGGGGUGAAACCAAUGGCUGGGAUUUUGCUGCAUGGGCCACCUGGCUGUGGGAAGACCAAAUUAGCCCAUGCAAUUGCUAAUGAGGCUGGGGUUCCCUUUUAUAAGAUUUCAGCUACUGAGGUGGUUUCAGGUGUCUCAGGUGCAUCUGAAGAGAAUAUUCGUGAGCUUUUCUCGAAAGCUUACAGGACUGCUCCAUCAAUUGUAUUCAUUGAUGAGAUUGAUGCAAUUGCAUCAAAACGAGAAAAUCUGCAGAGGGAGAUGGAGAGACGGAUUGUGACACAGUUGAUGACUUGCAUGGAUGAAUCUCAUAGGCUUUUGCAGCCAAGAGAUAAAGAUUCAAGUUUGGAGAGCUCUGAUUCUAGACCAGGUUAUGUUUUGGUAAUUGGAGCGACAAAUAGGCCUGAUGCUGUUGACCCUGCACUAAGGAGGCCUGGACGGUUCGAUCGUGAGAUUUUUCUAGGAGUUCCUGAUGAAAAUGCUAGGGUUGAGAUCCUUUCUUUGCUUACACGCAAUCUUAGACUUGAAGGUUCCUUAGAUCUUCUCAAAAUAGCUAGGGCUACGCCGGGCUUUGUUGGUGCUGAUUUAGAAGCCCUUGCAAAUGAGGCUGGUAACCUUGCCUUGGAGAGAAUAAUAGACCAAAGAAAGCAUGAGUUUUUUACAGAUACUGUAGAUGAGGAACAUGCUGAUGACUGGUGGAGGAAACCAUGGUUGCCUGAAGAGAUGGAAAAGCUUACCAUCACCAUGGCUGACUUUGAGAAAGCAGCUAAACUGGUUCAACCUUCAUCAAGAAGAGAAGGAUUUUCUACAGUUCCUAAUGUUAAGUGGGAAGAUGUUGGUGGACUUGAUUUCUUAAGGCAGGAGUUUGAACGUGAUAUACUUAGGCCUAUAAAAUUUCCAGAGGAUUAUGCGGAAUUUGGAGUGGAUAUGGAGACAGGAUUUUUGCUCUAUGGGCCACCAGGUUGUGGUAAAACAUUGAUUGCAAAGGCUGUUGCUAAUGAGGCAGGAGCGAAUUUCAUUCACAUCAAGGGUCCUGAACUUUUGAAUAAAUAUGUUGGUGAAAGUGAGCUGGCAGUUAGGACUUUAUUCACCCGUGCCAGGACAUGUUCACCAUGCAUCCUUUUCUUUGAUGAGGUGGAUGCUUUGACUACAAAGCGAGGGAAAGAGGGUGGAUGGGUCGUUGAGCGGCUUCUCAAUCAGUUACUCAUAGAGUUAGAUGGUGCAGGACAGAGGAGUGGUGUUUUUGUUAUUGGUGCCACUAAUAGACCUGAGGUAAUGGAUCCUGCACUCCUACGGCCUGGCAGGUUUGGGAAACUUCUCUAUGUCCCUCUGCCCAGUUCAGAGGAGCGUGGGCUGAUCUUAAAAGCUCUAGGUCGGAAGAAACCUAUAGAUGCCAGUGUGGAUUUGAGUGCCAUUGGACAAAUGCAGUCUUGUGAAAAUUUAAGUGGGGCUGAUCUUGCUGCACUGAUGAAUGAAGCUGCGAAGGCUGCUUUGGAAGAGAAACUGAUUUCAAAAGGAAGCAAGACGGAUGAUACUCCAUGGACAAUCAAAACAAUCCAUUUUGAAAGAGCAUUGACCAAAAUUUCACCAUCUGUCUCGGACAAGCAAAAACAGUACUAUCGGGUUCUGUCAAAGAGCUUCAAAGCAGCAUGAGAGUAACAAAGAUCCCCAGACAUCCUCCAAGACGUUCCUCAAGUAGGGAGGGAAUGUGGAUGUCUUAACUCCUAAUUACAUCUUAAUUACUGCAUGAUCAAAGAAGCCACUAUUGAUUUCCGUUUUUAAUAUAUUUAGUUAUUUUCCGCCCAAAUACUUGUCCUAUGUUUUGGCAACUAGAGAGAAUCUCGUUCCCAAUGAUGGGGGCAAAAAUUUUUGGCAGCAAUGUAAUAUCUUUCUUUCUAGAAUGGCAUUUUUUUUUAGAUCAAAAGAUUGGUGAAGCAAGUUGCAGAAUGGGAUUUUUUUAUUCUGGAUUGCACAAAAAAAUUGUAUUUUGUGUU